AUGUUGUUUUCUAAAUUUCAAUUUGUACGUGUCUUUUGUGUUUCGUGCUUUCCGAUUAAGUAUUUAAGCUAUAAAAAUGUUUAAAUAUACUCUAUUAUUGUUAGGAGUAUGUGUUUGCAGCAUUUUAGCAGAAUUCACAUCACAAGAUUGCCGUGAACUCGGAUUUAUCAAAGCUCAACUGAUGUGCUCGUCCUGUGAGAAAUUGAAUGAUUUCGGUUUGGAUGCGAUAAAAUCACAUUGUAAGGAGUGCUGUACACCCGAUAAAUUGCCGGCUGCCCAGCGGCGCUGGCCUAAAGCCAUUCUUGAAGUAUGCACUUGCAAGUUCCGUGCAUAUCCACAAAUUGAAGCGUUCAUAAAGAGUGGAAGGCCGGCGAAAUAUUCGAAUUUGCAAAUCAAAUAUAUGCGUGGCCUUGAUCCGACUGUGAAGUUGCUGGACGCGAGCGGUAAUGUGCAGGAGACACUUUCGAUAACUAAAUGGAACACGGAUACGGUUGAUGAAUUCUUCGAGACACAUUUAGAAAACCCAGCUCGAAAAAAUAAGGGGAAGAUGGCUUAUAGCGUGGUAGAAGAGGAGGAUAUCGAUUUUCUUGAAACGAACCGAAUUUAAUGAACAUACAUUUAGC